GACCGCUUGUCAGGAACGUACGCAUUGAGUAUCGACCCUGAAUUCAUACUGAACACACAUCAUCAUCGAAACAGUACCCAUUUGGGCGCGCGACCGGCGCAAGUACAUAUGUUUCUCAGCCUGCUUAACGAAAUUAACAGAAGUGUCCAGGCCUGUUGUAUCCAAGUCUUAAGAUGAUAUCCAAUCUGGGCGGCUGCAACUGUAAACUUGUGACUCACCAUCUCUCCUUGUGCCUAUCUCCAGCCAUCAUCCCGACUACGGAGGAUGUCCGAGUCAUCUAAGAAAUACCCAUGCCCCUCGUGAUUUGUAUGACUCGACAAUUUUCUGCGCAAUACUAUGAUCAAGGAUCCGGGCGUUUAUAAGUGAAUACACUCUAUUUUCCAUCAUUUCUACAAUGGACUCUCUACCACCAGCCUAUUCCCUCGAUCCGUCGGAUGGUGAAUCCCGUAUUGAUCUCACCCCAUCACGUUCUGCGAACAACCGUUUCACCGGAAACUUCCUUAAAAAAGAGGGAAAUUUAUCCGUUGUAUUAACAGAACAACAAGAUGGUUGCACUGUACCCUCUUACGGAAGAAAGGGAGUUAUCAACGGCGCUGUUUUCUUCGAAAGACGCGACUUGGUUACUUCCGUACAAGUCAAGCUGGAGGGACGAAUGGAGACGGCGAAUCACGAAUAUGGAUCUCAGGUUGUGACUUUCCUAGACGAGACUCGUUCCCUGUGGUCUGUUGACUCCGCUAAUCCAACGGCAUGUUCCAGCUCAGUACCCUUCUCUCUGACGAUCCCAUCCGAGUUCGAGAAGGGCAAUGAUAAGAGAUAUGAACUACCGCCUUCGUUCACCGCCUCGUUCCCGGAGCUUAGAGUGUCGAUCGGGUAUUCACUUACUGUACGUGUCAUCGAGAACCACUACCCACUGGUCGGAUUCUUGAGAGGAUCCCCAAGCCUGCGUAUCGUACUCAACUACCGACCUCGAACGCGCCCAGCCCAACCGAUGCUCUCCAACCCCGCUUUUCUCUCAUCCGUCAAGAUGUCCCCAGAGGAAUGGAAACAGAGUCUCAUGACCAUCAACCCCAAGCCCAACACAGCCGCGGCGCCUAUCCAUUGUAGCCUCUUCAUCCCUGCUGUUCAGAUCUUCGCCGUGUCUGAUAACAUUCCGUUUCACGUCCAGCUGACGGCACCACUCGCGUCUCUGCGGCAGCUUUUCCCCGCUCCAGCGCACGUUCAUGGGAACGCGGCACUUCAGGUCCAUCUCGUUCGUCAAGUAUCAGUGGAGGUUGAUGGGAAUGUAGCGUCACGGAACGUACCCAUAGGGGAAGGGAGCUUGCGUCCGGUGCCUCCUUUAGCGUCAGAGAUACAGCCAGGACCGGAGAUAGAGAAGCAUAUGGACUGGGAGGGGGUGCUCAGAUGUCAGCCUGAUGUUGAGGUGGGCGGUUUCUUCACGGCAGGCGUGUCGGUGAAGGAUUUUAUCAUCGCAUCACUCUAUCCCCCCGCGAGUUCAGAUUUUCCACACUCACGAAAUGGCGUUCGCGUAAGAAUCGUCACCGAUCCUUGGACAGAUGAGGUCGGUGACUGAACUGGGCCAUUCUUUGUCUUUACAAUGGAAGGAAACACGCCGAAUAGCCGGCAUAAACGCUAAUUCCAAUUACGCUUAGAACCAGAGUCAUAAAUCACUGUGUCUAAGUAUUUGCCACCUGUCGACGCUGCCGCCUCCAAGCCAAAAACUCUCGCAGAGCGGCUGCAAUAAGAGGUAUCACUG